AUGGAAAAAAAAUAUUGUCAGAAGCAGAGGGCAGGGAGCGAUGGCAGCAGCAACAUGAGCAAUAACAAUAACAAUGGAGGAGGUGAGAAGAAAAAAGGGGAAGCUAGCGGUGGCAGUGGAAUCAGCAGCAACCAACAAAACUUUAGGGGAGGACAGAGCUGUAAUAAUGCUCCUAAAUACAACAACAACAAUCGGCUGAAUGGUCGAGGAGGAGUUGGAGGUGAAAUUGCUCAUAAGGAUAAGAAAAGUGGAGAUGGAGAAGUAAAGGUGAAGUGUAAUGGUGGUGGCAGUGGCGGUGGCGGCAACAAUCACAAAUACAACAGCCAGAGAAUGGAGCACCCACCAAUGGUUUUCCAGCAGCAAGAGUGGGAUUUCGGAGGCUUUCCACCCCUUCGAGGCUAUGGGGGAGGAGGCUACCCUGGUUAUCAUUCCCAUGAGACGCAUUUUCAGCCCAAAGCCUACUAUUCUAGCGAUUACAGGCCCAGCCAGUCCUAUCUUGCGGAUUUUCGCAACAUGGACUACUUCAGCCAGCCUGUCGCCAAUCCCAAUUACAUGAAGAGCAUCAUCUACUGA